UAUUAUGUGAUGUAAAUAUGCCAGGUUUAGCUAGCUCAUUUCCAUCUGUUGUCCCUGGGCAGGCUGAUGUUAACAAAUUAUGUUAAUCAAAGUUGAGAAUCUACACAAACUACAAAUCUACAAAUCAAAUUACAAAUCUAGAGUUGUGAAGCACAGAGCCAAAUCAAGAAAACAAAAUAUGUCUUUGCCCCAAACAUUAUAGAUGGCACUGCAUGUGCCCUGUGUGUACGUGCACAGGUGCGUGUGUGUGUGUGUGUGUGUGUGUGUCUUAAAGUGUGUGUGAUACCGUCUGGUGCUGAGCUGGCUACAUCAGUGGUGUGUAACAAAGAAACCGAGAUGCGGUUGAAAGCGUUGUGACGUCACUGGGGUUUCUGUAGUGGCCUUUUAAGAAGCAGCAGGCAUAAGACAUCACUGAAAUUUUACAACAUAUACCCGAUAAUCGAACUUGAAGACACAAGGCCUGAGAAACUAUCAGCAGUAUGCACUGGGAGAAAUUGCCAGCCCCAGAGCAGCCGUGUCCCCGGCCGUAUCAGGGGGUACGAGUCAAGGACCCUGUUAAAGAGCUGCUGCAGCGGAAGAGAAGAGCCAGCCUCAGCAACUGCAAGACACCCACUACUGCGGUUGUGGUCCCAAACACUGUGUUGUCUUCAUAUCCUCAAGUUGGGGCCUCUGGUGUUUUUGAGAUGGGAGGGGGUGUUUCAGAUGUGCCAGCUGUUGAAAAUGGGGCGUUCUGCACAGGAUGGAUUGCCCAGGCUGCACCUGCAGCCUUCCAACCUUUGGCACAGUGGCCAUGCCAGGAGCCCCUGACCCAUGACCCCUCUGGCCCCGCCCACACCACGGACAUGUAUGUGCAACCCAUGUGUCCCAGCUACACUGUGGUGGGGCCGUCCUCCAUGCUGACGUACACGCACACGCCCAUCUUCGCUAACUUUGGGGCCAGAACUGCGACCUCCACGUCACUGCCCCAGGUGGACCUGCCUGCAGACACCUCAGUGACGUACAUCCCCUGGACACAGCCCCUCGCCACCGUCUCCCCCCCAGGGGUGCAGUGCGCCCCUGGGACUGCUCCCUUCUCCGGCCCCCAGCUGGUGUCCCUGCCAGUGCCUCUGCCCUUUCCAGAGCCUGACCCCCUGCAGCUGGAGCAGGCUCGUGCCACGGUGGCACAUCUGCCAUUGGAGCGGCUCCUGGAGGAGGACGACGACGGAGACACGAUCCUGCACAUCUACGCUGCGAAAGAGAUGCGCGAGCACGUCCGCGCAGUCGCUGAGAGGCUGCGGAGGCUGCACAGUGUGUGCAAGAUUGAUGCCAGGGAACAUCGAGGAAAGACACCCCUGUUGGUAGCAGUGACCACCAACCAACCGCACAUUGCUUGUGACCUCAUCAGGCUGGGGGCUGACGUGAAUGCAGCUGACAACCGAGGCCAAACCGCUCUGCACAUAGCUGCAAAAUAUGGCUAUCCAGAGGUGAUGCAGGUGUUGGUGUCCACAUCAUCGACGCUGGAUUUGCAAGCAUUCGACUUUGAAGGCCACAGCCCACUUCACUGUGCCGUUCUGUCCCACAAUCGACUACAUCACGAAACGCAGCGAAACCUCAAAGCGCACGUGAAAGGCUCGGAAGAGCUGGAGAUGGGGAAAUUUAAGGUGAUGAACUGCAUCAUGCUGCUGCUGCAAGCAGGAUCUUGCCUCUCCGCCCAGGAUAUAAAGAGCAGUAAGUCUGUAUUGCAUCUCGCAGUUCAGGCUGGGAACUGCAGCCUGCUCAGGUUCUUCCUGGAAGUGAACGCUGGCGCUCUUCCAGACUUCAUUAACAUGAAGGCCCACGGGAACACGGCCCUGCACAUGGCAGCCGCACUGCAUGGCGAGAGCCAGCAGGAGGCAAUUGUGAGUCUGCUGCUGGCUCACGGGGCAGAUCCCAGCCUCCGGAACCUGGACAAUGAGCAGCCUGCCCACCUGCUCCCUCCUGGGGCAGCGGGAGAGACGAUAAGGGGGCUGCUCAGAAGGGCCAAAGGCAUGGCGCCAGCCGUCCAUCCCUCUUCACACCGAAGCACCAGGCAGAACCAGGACCGAUGAUUCCCCACAUUCAGAGUCCAAGAUGGGCGGUGCUUUACGUGAGUCACAUGCAUGGGUCAUCUCAAAAGGACUGAUAUGCAUUUAUAGGUUUCAAACAACUGGAAAAGAAGCGCUGCAUGGGUCUAGGAAUGACGGGUGCUCAUUGGUACGGCAGGUAGACAAACGCUGAACAACAGUCCUUGAAGAAGACACCGCCUGUGGAAGGUGAAUGAACUUUAAAAAGUGCUGUACCAAGGACAAAAGGCCAAGGCACUCUGUCUCCCAGUGAAAAAAUGGAUUAAAAGCCUUUGGAUUUAAAAGCCGUGUGACCCUGAUGAAGAUCUAGUGUUGAUAAGCGUUGGGCUGUUUCAUUGCCUUGUUCUAGCUCAUUUAAUUUAAGGCUUUUUGUCCAUUUUGUUUUAAUGGGAGACAGAGUGCCUUGGCCUUUUCCUUGGUACCACAUUUUUUAAAGUUUAUUCACUUUCCAGAGGCAGAGUCUUCUUUAAGGAAUAUUGUUCAAUGCAUUCAUUGCUAUUUGCAAGUUCCUCUGCAUUGCCAGAUCAUACUCAUCAUGUUUUAUCUAUCUAUUUCAAUGCCCAAACGUUGAUUGCGUGUGUGUCUUUCUUUUGUUCUUUUUUAUUUGAGAUGGUUUUGUUGUUGUUAAUUUACACACUAUAUGACUAGAAGUAUCUGGACACCACUUGGUCUGGGGCUGUUUUUCAUGGUUUGGGCUAGGCCCCCUCGUUUCAGUGAUGGAAAAUCUUAAUACAAUGACAUUCUAGACAAUUCUGUGCUUCCAACUUUGUGGCAACAGUUUGGGGAAGGCCCUUUCCUGUUUCGGCAUGACAAUGCCCCCGGGCACACAGCAAGAUCCACAGAGAAAUGGUUUUGUCGAGAUCAGUGUGGAAGAACUUGAUGGCCAGCACAGAGCCCUGAUCUCAUCCCCACCCAACACCUUUGGGAGUAAUUUGAAAGCCAACUGCAAGCCAGACCUAAUCGCCAAAUCAGUGCCAGCCCUCACAAAUGCUUUUCUGGCGACAUGGAAGCAAAUCCCUGCAUCAAUUCUCCAACAUCUAGUGUACAGCCUUCCCAGAAGAGUGGUGGUUGUUAUUGCAGCAAAGCGUAGACCAACCCUUUAUUCAUUUCCAUAAUUUUAUAUGAACCUUUAGAUGUCAGGUGUCCACAUACUUUUGGUCAUGUAGUGUAUCUAAAUUUCCUUCCCUCUUUUAUAGUGCCAGCUACCCUCCUGUACUGUAAUGAGAGAACAAGGCCAAUCAUCAUGUUUGCCAAUCAUUACCUAAAAUAUUGAUUUUUCUGUCUCAGACUUAUUUGUGCUUAUCAAGUAAUAGUUUGUUCAUGCGCACUUCAUGCAUUCAUAGAAAUAUUUUACAACAUUUGCAUAAAUGUAUGAGAUAUAUUUAUAUGUUUUGUACACUAAAUGUACACUAAAUUUGUUAAAUGCAUGGAAUGUGUACUUAAAAUUUUUUUUUACAUAUUGUGGGAAACCACCAGAUAAAACAAGCAGCUUAAAUGUAUUUUUUCAUUAUGAAAUAUAAUUUAUAUUAUAAUAUAAUCUAAGAUAUAUACUAGCAUAUUUAUUAUUUAGACCUGACAUUCCAAACCUACUAAAUAUAGGAAUGGAUGUACACGUGUACGUUGUAAUGUAAGAUAAAAGGUUAUGUUUUGAUCAAAUAUACGUGUUUUAUGUCACAUUCAGCAUCUCACAAUCAAGAGUGUUCUAUAAAUUUGUCCCCAUGCCACAAUGAUACAUAAUAUAAUUUACCAGUGGAAAUGAGUAGCUGAAUCCAUAUAAAAAAUAUUUUGUCAAAAUACUCUUUUU